ACGUCAUACAAUGAACACAGCAGACGUUCGACUGUUUAUGUGCGCGCUGUGCACUACUUGUCGAGUCGAAACCAUUAUCCAAACAUUUGGUUUCAGUUCAUUUUUAGCUGUUUGUUUGAAAAGCGGUGCAAGAAAAAAAAGAGAGACACAGAAAUAAACAAAGAAAGCGACAACGACCUAACGCAAAUUACCUCUAACAAAAAUCUCGACAAAUUCAUCUGUUUUGUCGCAAUUGAACAAAGAAAAGCAUUUUUUUUGCUGUUGUAAAACCAAAAGUGUGUUAAAUUUUUCAAUAUUUCUCGCGAUUUUUUUCGAAAUAUUUGGAAAAGGAGCGCAGAUUUUAUUUUCUUUGGUGUGUCAUUCGAUAAAGAAAAACGGGAAGCAUCACAACAACAUAACAAUUAUAACCACUCAACAAAUUCAAUUUGCUCAAAGUCGCAGAGCUAUUUUGGUUGCCACAAUCAAAAGAAAAAAAAUUGAAAAAGAGCGAGCGAGCGAGCGAGAGAGAGAAGCGAGAAAAACAAAAGAGCUGAAACUGGAUUUUGUUCAUUCUUCAUCUUGAAUUGAACUUUCAAUGACCGCAUAAAAUCGAUUAUUACUUCAUGCUUUGAUUCGAAAUAAAUUGUGUGUACUCGCAGCCAAGUUUGUAUUCGAGUUUCCAAGUAUUUUUCAAUCAAGAUCAAUAAGAUUCACGUAUCUUAUUAUUUCGAUAGUGUUGUUUUUGGUUGUUUAUUUCUUUUCGUUUCGCAUUCGAUGUUCAAUUCGGUCAUUAAAUAGCGACAAAACUUAUUAAGUGAAAAAUUAAAGUGAAUUUAUAUAUAUAUAUGUCUAUACGUUUUUGUGCAAGAGGAUAGACUGUAAAUAAACAACAACAUACUGAAAAUUACUUACUGUUCGCUGCCCAUGGACAACAAAGAGGGAGUUUGACGAAAAAGUAAUGAAAAUAGCAACGUAAACACCCGAAAAAAAAAACAAAUAUUACGCAUCGUCCAUCUUUCGUUGAGGUGACAUUUGCUAGGACUUAAAGUGAAUAUACAUAUUUUCUUGGGUGUGAUAAUGAUGUGAUUACAAAGUACGGUACAUACGAACGAUUCGACAAACAUAUCGACAAAUCUCACGAGACGCCAGGUCUACAUUGAGAGAGAGAGAGUUGGAUAGAUAGAAACCAAGCAAUAAGGAAAAGAAUCACGUUUGCACUCGCACUGCACGAAUUUCAUCACCGAGAGAGAGAGAGAGACUCAAAUCUACUGUGUCAAUUUUGCAUCAAAGCAAAUGUACCGUUGCAGAAAGAGUGUGAAAGAAAGGUAUUGUCAACGGAGUUCAACGAAGCUAGAUGAAAAUCACUUAAUCAUAAGCAUCGACAAGCGGACUGUUUCUUAUUUGUUUUCAUCGCUUUUAAAAUAAAGUCAAUUGCGGCAAAUUUUCAAUACACUGUGAAUUUUACGGGAAAAAGAGUGAAGAUUAUUAUUUUGGCUUUGUUUGAAUUGUGAAACAAAAGCAAAACAUAAUAAUAUUGACGCGUUUUUUUUGCUGCUCACUUCAAGUAACCAACCAUUUGGAAUGUUGUAUCUCAAUAAAAGAUUCAACGUCAUCGAAUAACGGCAAACCGAAAAUCGAUUAGUCACAUCGAAUUAUGUGUCGAUGUUAGAACGAAAUUAAUUAAAACUGAAUAAAUCAAACGGCGAUCAUAAUUAAAGUGAAUGUCGACAAAUACGACGAAAGUAACUGAAUCAACGACUGAAAAAAAGGGGGAAAAAGAAGAAGGUGGCUAACAAUUGAACGCGUACGUGCUGACUAGAACAACGCGACGCAAGUAUUUGCACAUCUCGAGCAGAUUUAGAGAUAACGUGGAAACAAAACCUUUACAGAAGAUCAACGUACGGUGCCGAAGAUUUUCAUCAUCAAGCAAGCGAACGAGCGAGCGAGCGACCAAGCAAGCAACCGCAAGCGUGCACAUCGACGAACGUAAACACACAUCACCGUUUUUAUAGAGAAACAGCCGCCGCAACAGCAGCAGCAGCAACAACAACAGCAGCAGCAGCGCAACACGUGCAAAUCGACGGAACGGUGAAAACGUGCUUUUCAAAAUAUCUCAACGACAACCGAAACAAAUAGCUUAAUGCGCACGCAAGACUCAUCAUCUCUAUUUUGUGUGUAACAAACGAAGUAAUAAUAAUAAUAAUAAUAAUAAUAACAACAACAACAACAACUGACAAAUCAUCGUCAAGCUGAAAAACAAAACAGAAACGAAAAAAAUUGAGCGGAACUGAACAAAAUCGCGACGAUUUUUGGUUUCGCCUAAUUUAGUAAAAAUAGACAACAGACUAAACAAAAAUUAAACAUUACCAACAACGAAAAUGACUCAGACACAGGCAUUAGUGCUGCUAACAACACUGCUACUGCAGUCCAAAUGGGUUGUUCCACAGCCAGCUGAUUUGGGUGCAUUCGGUUCACAGAAUGACAUCCAACCGGGUGUAAUUUACUCAUUUCCAUCAGAAGUCGGACGCAGCCAUCCAUCGGCCGAAUACUAUGCAUUGGCUUACAUCAACUAUACUUAUGAACGAAUUGACGGCCAUCACGUGGUCUACGCGCAUGAGACGGCAAAAUAUGGUGAAGGUCCAAUCACAUCGGUGACGGGCCCAUUGGUUCAUGUCACCAACCCAAAGAAUAAAUCCGACCACAUGGCUUGCUCGAGCGAUAUUCUUGGUACGCUUGGUGGGCCACUGCCUGAAAAAGGCUGGAUUGCACUGAUCAAGCGAGGUGACUGUAAAUUUGAUGAUAAAGUUGCACGUGUUUACAGCAAAGGUGCGAUCGGUGCCAUUGUGUAUGACUUCAAGGAAGUGCCAUCCCUCGAUAAAAUGAAAAUUGACGAUAAAACACGAAAUAUCACAGCUGUUUUCACGUAUAAAUUGGUCGGCGAGCAAUUAGCUCGAAUUGUAGAUGAGGAACGAAUCGAUUUGAAAGUUUCAAUUGCUCCGGGCAAAUAUGGGAAACCUCCAAACAUAAACCGGACAUCUGUUUUGUUCGUAUCAAUAUCGUUUAUUGUUCUGAUGAUUAUAUCGUUUGUAUGGCUUGUUUUCUACUACGUUCAACGAUUCCGAUAUCUACAGACUAAAGAUCGAAAAUCGCGGCAAUUAUGUACGGUAGCGAAGAGAGUCAUCGCCAAAAUUCCAACCAAAAGCAUCAAAUCGGAAGAAACGACAGAUAAUGACAACGAUUGCUGUGCCAUUUGCAUCGAACCAUACAAAACAACGGAUGUUCUUCGCGUCUUACCAUGCAAACACGAAUUCCACAAGGCCUGCAUUGAUCCAUGGCUGCUCGAACAUCGCACCUGUCCGAUGUGCAAAAUGGACAUCCUGAAACAUUAUGGCUUUGUGUUUACGGGCAGUCAAGAGAGUAUUCUUCAGUUGGAUAUGGAUGUUGAAGAUGGUGAUAGCAAUGGGUCCAAUCUAGAUCAUAUUCGUGCGCAUAGCGUAAGUCCAACGUUCAUAAUUCAAUUGGAUGCGAAUAAUGCAUUACGAAGACAUUCGGUGGAAUCAACUGGGUCUGCUGCACGUGAAUUCAAUGCCUAUCAUCAAUAUCGUCAGCAAUUGCAGGCUCAGUCUGGAGCACCAGACAGUUCAGAUGCCAGUGUUGAACGAAACGUUGCUGUAUCAAAGCAUCAUAAUCCGGGCAUUGAAGCUUCCAAUAUCACAAGGGAUCAUUUAGCACCAUGCGAACUACGACAACGGGCGGUCAGUUUACCCUGUACAUUACGAAAAAAGAAUUCAGAUAGUUCAUGCCACGGUAGCAACAACUGCUACGUGUGGGCAUUGGAAAUACAACAGUUCGCAGCUAAGCGAAAUGGAGAAACUAGUACCGCUGGUGCAAUUGUGAACAAAUGUCUCUCAUCAUCGACCAAACAUGAUAAUGAUGACAUUGAAUCUUUGCUAUUGAACGAGCACACGAACCAGGGUGAAUCCAGUGCUUCCAAUCAAGUGUCCGACCAACACGAUGAUGAAAUCGAUACACCACCAACCAAUCCCAUGAUUAAUGAUGGACAAUGUGAUAGGAACACCGAAGAAAUUCAAUCGAAACAUUGAAAAAAAAAUCAUCAAAUUAAACCCCCCCCCCCCCACGUAAUAUAGAUAUUAUUAAAUAACCGAGAUUUAUACUGAUAAUAUUGUUUUUUGUUCACACCCUUUUUCGCCCCGGGAUAACAAAAGACAACAAUUAUGGAAGAAGAAGUAAAAAGAAAAAAAAACAGAGAGAAAAAAUUGAGAGGAAAAUAUUGUUUCAAAAUUUAAUUUUGUACUAUUUUCACUUAAUUACAUUUAAGACUGAAUUUUUAAUGAAAUGACAAAAUUCCAAAAUGCAAAAAAAACACUGCUCCAUUUUUCGAAUCCCCAUAGGUAUAAUUAUGUGCUUAAUGAUUUAUAUUCAUAUGAUAGUUUAGCUCUCUCCCCAUGAAUGGAGAUCCGAUUGGAAAUUUGAAUGAAUGUUUAAGGUUUAAUUGUUUUUUCGAUUAAUAAAAUAAUUUCCUUGAACGUCCAGUAGCUAAACGGGUGCUAGAGCCAUUUGUGAUUCAAAAACCUCUUAUAAACAAUACGCUGUGGAUUGAUUCAUUCAGUUCUCGGCCCGUAUCAGAAACUUUAUUUCACUUCCUGUCUACAGAAAAGUCGCCAUAAAUAAAGUAGUUUGAGAAAGUAACAAUCGA